AUGGCAACACAACAGUAUUACGACAAGGUGUCGGGCGACGAGAGCGACCUUGACAUCGAUCAACCCACCGAGAAGCCCUCGAUCGGCAAGCGCUUUAGCUGGAGCCAACAAUCCUUCAUCAUCCGAACCCUUGUUAUCGCAAUCUAUACCGUUCUGAUCGCCGGCAUCUGCUCAGCGAUCGUCGAAUAUCGACACAAUGAUGAUGCAUCCGUCGCACAGCCCACCUCAACAGCAGCACCUGCCGCGGUGGCCGAGCCACCCGUCGAGCAAGCAAAGGCCGAGGCUGAGAUGCCCAAGGUCGAGGUUCCCGAGACUCCCACAAGCGAUCUCGACCAGAUCAUGCACUGCGGCGGCAACUACACCGAAGCCCGCGACCUCGGCUGCGUAUACGAUGUGAUGAUGCAGUUGUGGAUGCCCAAGCCCUGCUACGACUCCGUCCUGAGCGAGAAGUUCCUCGCCAAGGGCAACUGGACCUGGUGGUCUGACCCCGAGAAUGGCGUGACCAUGAGCGACGAGCAGAUGCGAAAGGGUGAGCACGAUGUUGCUUUCAUGCUGAUGGACUACCACAAGAUGCACUGCAUCUUCGCCAUGGAGAAGCUGGUCCGCGCUCUACGAAACCAGUGGAUGAUUAUUCCUGAGCUCGUUUCAUACGACCAUAUUCUCCACUGCAAGAUGAAGACUCUGGCUCGUCCGGAUGGUGAUGUUGUCAAGGGCGUCCGUGCGCCAACUGGUUUCACAUCCUGUGCUCCUUACGAGGUCUGGAAGAAUCAGCUUCCCGAGGACCACGCCUCGUCUGUCGAGUAA